GACUCGAGGCGUGUGCAGCCGGGUUCGGGGAAACAAAGAGAAAAAAAGAGGGAGUGGGAAGAAAGGAAAAGUGGAGCGGCCGGGCGCCCCGUGAAUGACCGGUGCGGGCGGGCGAUGUCUGCAGGAUCCAUGAGUUGAUUGUCCGUUGUCCGACUACGCAGCGAUCGCCAUGCCGGGCGGCGGUGGUGGUAGUGGCGGCGGCACCGCGGCCUCCUGGACACCGGAGCUGGAGGAGAUCCGGGUGAGGCUGGCGGCACUUGAGGCCCCGGCGGAGGCUGAGGAGGAGGAGAGGCCUGGAGACGACGACGAGGAGGCGGCUGUGUAUGCCGGGGACAUGCUGCUGCUGGGGGGCCAGUACCCCGGGGGAGCCGAGCAGGCCGCCAUCACCGUGCGGAGGAAGAGCGUCAACACCAACGAGCUGGUGCCGGUGCCCAGCUCCGAGCACGUCGCCGAGAUUGUGGGCAGGCAGGGCUGCAAGAUCAAAGCUCUGCGGGCGAAGACGAACACGUACAUCAAAACUCCAGUCCGCGGGGAAGAGCCAGUAUUUGUCGUCACUGGAAGAAAAGAGGACGUUGCCAUGGCCAAAAGAGAGAUCCUCUCGGCAGCCGAGCACUUUUCCAUGAUCCGAGCAUCUCGUAACAAAAAUGGCCCUGCCGUGGGCAGCGCCCAGUGUACCCCCAACCUUCCAGGUCAAACUACAGUUCAAGUGAGGGUACCCUACCGAGUGGUCGGCCUAGUAGUGGGGCCAAAGGGAGCCACCAUCAAACGUAUACAACAGCAAACCCACACAUACAUCGUCACUCCAAGCCGAGACAAAGAGCCAGUUUUCGAGGUCACCGGUAUGCCCGAGAAUGUCGACCGGGCCCGAGAGGAGAUCGAGAUGCACAUAGCCAUGCGUACCGGCAACUUUAUCGAGCUCAACGAAGAAAAUGAUUUUCACUAUAACGGUACAGAUGUCAGCUUUGAAGCGAGCGGCUUGGCAGCCAGCUGGUUAAACGCCAAUGCCACCGGCCCCAGCCGUAACAAAAUGGUUUCCAACUAUCGCAACGAUAGUUCCAGUUCUUUGGGGAGCGGCUCCACCGAUUCUUUCAUGGGAAGUAAUAGACUGACUGAUUUUAGUCCAACAAGUCCGUUCAACGCAAGUAAUUUCUGGUUUGGAGAAACCAUGCCAACCAUGGCCUCCGAAGAACUCGCCGACACUUCUGCCUUCGAUCCAGUACCAUCUCCUUCUGAGACUAUCUGGGCGCCUUUCGACCCAGUGAAUCCUCUCUCCAGCUAUGGAAAUGAUGUGGGUGCAAAAUCUCAGCGCCGAGGCAGCAUGUCUCCGACCUUCCCCGAAGGCUUGGAGUACCCCCUCACCAGAAGUAUUAGAAGUGACCUUUCAAGCACAAACAAGGGCGGGCUUCCCAACUACAUCCCGGCCUUCUCCAACGGUACCAACAGCUACUCUUCUUCCAGCGGAGGCUCCACGUCCAGUUCACCGCCCGAGACGAGGCGGAAGCACGACUGCGUCAUCUGCUUCGACAACGAGGUGAUUGCCGCCCUCGUACCCUGCGGCCACAACUUCUUCUGCAUGGAAUGUGCUAACAAGAUCUGCCAGAAGGAGAUGCCCCUGUGCCCAGUCUGCCAGUCUCCAGUCAACCAGGCAAUACGAAUCCAUUCUUAGACUUGUCGCGGAUAUGCAUCUAUAAAAGAAAUACUCUAUAGCAAUCUUCCUCGAACACAUAUGUAUAAAUCUAUAUAGUCUCAUGUAUGGAAAAGGCGAGAGUCGGGCUAAAUAUAGAAAUAAAACUGCUGCUACCACCUCCGUAUAGAAGUUACUGCAUGCCCAGGUUGACUUUGGUGGUGUCCAGUUAAUUGGCAUUGGUGUUGGUCUAGUAUACAUGGUAAAUUAUGAUUUCCGGGUAGUUUACAUUCACAAAUAUGUUUACAUAGGUGGAAACGAACGUCUCGAUCUCUAAUGUUAGUUCCACUGCAGGCUCAAGAAUUGGGAGGAAACUGCGCCUCGUCUUGUACGUCUAAACGUGUUCCACGCCCACAGAUCUUUAGGUUGCGUCAUCUUGACCUCUAGGCGCAUCAAGAGCGGCAUUCCAAAUUCUGUAGGUUGGCUAUAAGGGGACAAGCGCUCCCUGCUGGUUCAGUGUCUGUACUGGUUUUUUGUUUACACCAGUGCUGAGGAUAGCCAGAUUUUCUGUAGUAUGGGUAGUCCCUUGGGUACGAUUUUAAUGAUUUAUUCCUGUUCACACACAGUCACAGCUGCAGUUUUUGGCAUCGUCUCGCAGCAUGUCCUGGUCCCCCUGGAAACCUUCCACCAGUUGACUCUUCGAAAAACGUAGCGUUGACAUUUUAUGAUCAAAUUAUUUGGCCACGGUACUGUCUCACAAAAAAAAAAAUGCUUUCUCGUGGGAACGGCGCUCCUCUUUUCACUAGGCAGCUCAGCCCCAGUCACACGAUAGGUACUCUGCUGCAAUACCAGGCACAGCCUCUAGAGGGGGGGAAGCAGCCAUGUUUAAUGAAUUUAUUUAGCGGCCACCAGAAAUCUGAAUGCAGCUCUUGAUGUGAUUGGAGCAUAAGAUGCGACGCAAGAUGCAAUUCACACUAUUGUUAAAAGCCGCCACUUGAGAAAUGGUAAAAAAAAAUAUCAGCACUGCCAGUCACUAGCCAUGGUAUACGGUGUACAGUUAUCAACAGUGUGAACUGCGCCAAAUCAAAACUUGGGGCGUACUGAGACGGACUGCGUUUUCGAUCAAUGUUACAUUUAAUUUUUGUUUUUGUUUUUUGAGAAACUGGAGCGAUCUGUCAUUUAUAAGUUGAUGGGGAUGUAGUUUUUCCUGAACUGACACGUGCGGAAAAGCCAGCAAGCGGUUACUUGCCGUGUGGACUCCCGCCUGUCAAUCAGUGUCUGGAAGGCGGGGCCUGGAUAUCAUCGCACCGCUGGCCGAAAAACCCUCCGUUAAUUUGUAAGUGACAGACAGCGGAGGCGGGCUUGCCUGUCACUACAGUGGGCAGCACAGGGGACCCGACAGGCUCCCAGGUGGAAAAUACGUCCACUUGUAUCCCCUCGAAUUCUGCAAUGACGUUCGGAGGAGUCGUUCACCGAGGGGAAUUCAUGUGGCAAUAUUUUUUAUUUUAUUUGUUUUGUUUUGUUCCACCAUGGGGCGCUCUAGUGGAAACACUACCGCAAUAGACUGUAACGUUGCCAGUUUUCAGAAAGAAAAAAAAAACUUUCUGGAUUUAUUUCAAAAGCUUUACAAUGCACAAAGCAGCUAAUAGCGAAUGCUCCAUUCCAACUAUUAGUCUGAUCGAGUCGAUCAAUCUGUUCUUGUAGAGGAAAAAAAAAAAAGUGAUGGUAAAUGUGAACACUUUUUAUGAGCCAGCCAUGACUUGAAUGAAUUUUAGCUUUACUUAACCAAGGGAAAGGCUGGGACUUUUUAAC